AACAAAAGAAAGAAUACUUACUUUAAAGUUUAAACAAAAGAAAGUGUCUCUCCAUCUCCUUCAACGCGUAGAAGAAAGGGUUCAGACGACUCAAAGUGUUAGUUUCGUAAGAUGUGGCGAAGAUCUGUUGUGUCACGUAUCUCGUCGAGGAUCUCUGUUUCUUCUUCGUUACCAACAAACCCUAGACUGAUUCCUUGGUCUCGCGAAUUGUGUGUCGUUAAUAGCUUCACCGAGCCUCCGCUUCCUUCGGAAUCAACUGCUAAGUUAGGGAUCACUGGGGUUAGAUCCGAUGCCAAUCGAGUUUUUGCCUCAGGUACUGUCGCCGCCGCAGCUACCACCGGUGAGGUUUCGUCUAGAGUUGCGGCUGUGGCUGGAUUAGGGCAUCACUACGCUCGUUGUUAUUGGGAGCUUUCUAAAGCUCGACUUAGUAUGCUCGUGGUUGCGACUUCUGGCACUGGUUAUAUUCUUGGUACGGGAAAUGCUGCGAUUAGCUUCCCGGGGCUUUGUUACACAUGUGCUGGAACCAUGAUGAUUGCUGCAUCUGCUAAUUCCUUGAAUCAGAUUUUUGAGAUAAGCAAUGAUGCGAAGAUGAAGAGAACAAUGUUUCGGCCAUUGCCUUCAGGACGUAUUAGUGUUCCACACGCUGUUGCAUGGGCAACUAUUGCUGGUGCUUCUGGUGCUUGUUUGUUGGCUAGCAAGACUAAUAUGUUGGCUGCUGGACUUGCAUCUGCCAAUCUUGUCCUUUAUGCAUUUGUUUAUACUCCGUUGAAGCAACUUCACCCUAUCAAUACAUGGGUUGGGGCUGUUGUUGGUGCCAUACCACCAUUGCUUGGGUGGGCUGCAGCUUCUGGUCAGAUUUCAUACAAUUCGAUGAUUCUUCCAGCUGCUCUUUACUUUUGGCAGAUCCCUCAUUUUAUGGCCCUUGCGCAUCUCUGCCGUAAUGAUUAUGCAGCUGGAGGUUACAAGAUGCUGUCACUCUUUGAUCCGUCAGGGAAGAGAAUAGCAGCAGUGGCUCUUAGGAACUGCUUUUACAUGGUCCCUCUCGGUUUCAUUGCCUAUGACUGGGGAUUAACGUCAAGUUGGUUUUGCUUCGAAUCAACACUUCUCACAAUAGCAAUUGCUGCAACAGCAUUUUCAUUCUACCGAGACCGGACAAUGCAUAAAGCAAGGAAGAUGUUCCAUGCGAGUCUUCUCUUCCUUCCUGUUUUCAUGUCUGGUCUUCUUCUACACAGAGUCUCUAAUGAUGAUCAGCAACAACUCGUAGCAGAAGAAGCCAGUUUAGCAAAUGAAGUAAAAACUCCCAGACGAAAGAGACGUGUAGCUCAACCUCCAGUGGCUUACGCUUCUGCUGCACCGUUCCCUUUCCUCCCAGCUCCUUCCUUCUAUUCUCCAUAAUAAAACCAUUGAGCAAGCUCUUGAAACUUUUUGGAGACAGAAGUGAAGAACAUUCUGAUUUUUGUUCUUGAGUUUAAAUCUUUGUGGUUAAUAAGGAAGUGGAGAACGCAUACAAUUUUUUUUUUUUUUUUUGCUCCACAUAAUUGUAUUUUUCCAAAGUCAUGAAACCAUAUACAAACACAGUUGCCUAAAAAAGCACAAAAGCAACAAGAUUUGUACGGUUAAGAUCGAAGUAGGAUACUAUUAACUAAAUUUGGGCUUUGAGAAUUAUGUUGGACUUUGGGGGGGUUUGUGGUUAUUUGAACCGAAAGAAGUGUAAUCCGAAAGACUUCAACUAGUUGUAAGAAGCAACAAACAUAUACUACAACACAAAACAGUUGGGAUUUUGUAGUUUAAGUGUGCUUGUUGACUCGCAUCUACAGCUAAAAAAGCAACCUAGAAAGCCUAUAGACCGUACGUAACAGGGCUUGUUCCCUAGAUGGCCUGUAAUGGACUUUGAGAUUUUAUGAGCUAUAUGGCUAAAUGCAUUUAGCCCAAAAGGCCCAUUUAUUCACUAUGACUAGUAGUGUGCUCUGGCCUAUUUCUCCAUUUCUGCUCAUACUAAUUUCCCAUCGGACAUUUUGUGUUCGAUCUACAGCUGCUAGGGUUUUAUUUUGUUUUCUCUCUCUUCUUUUGGAGAUUUCUGCUGCAGUAACUAGGAUUUGAUAACUCUAUAUGCCGUGAUGGCUUCCCAAAAUGUUUCAAAUGAUGUUAAGGCCUCACUUGGUCCCGUCGGACUCGAUCGGGAUGUUGGGGGUCGAACACCAAGCUACCAAGAAUAGACCAGAGAAAGGAUGCGAGGACAAGUGUCUAUCUAAAUUGAAAACUCGAGUCGUAGAUUUACUCAAAAGUAUUAGUUGAUUCAUUUUGUCAUAAAUCUUCUUCAUUUUUGUGGGGUUUUGGAUACAGAGUUCAGUCUAAUUUAGAUAAGAUGAAUGAAGUUUUCAUAUCUAAUGCCUGAGAUACUUUUUUCUAUACUCAUUUGAGUGUGCAUUUUUUAACA